AUGAUCAACAAUUUCUCCCAGACUGAAGCUGUGGAGCUCUGCUACGAGAAUGUGAACGGAUCCUGCAUUAAAACUCCUUACUCUCUUGGACCUCGGGCUAUUCUGUAUGCAGUCCUAGGUUUCGGGGCAGCGCUGGCAGUGUUUGGAAACUUACUGGUCAUCAUUGCUAUCCUUCACUUCAAGCAACUGCACACACCUACCAACUUUCUAAUCGCAUCCCUGGCCUGCGCUGACUUCUUGGUGGGAGUGACGGUGAUGCCCUUCAGCACAGUGAGGUCUGUGGAGAGCUGCUGGUAUUUUGGGGAGAGUUACUGUAAAUUUCAUACUUGCUUUGAUACCUCCUUUUGCUUUGCGUCUUUAUUUCAUUUGUGCUGUAUAUCUAUUGAUAGAUAUAUUGCUGUUACUGAUCCUCUGACCUAUCCCACUAAGUUUACUGUCUCGGUUUCAGGAAUAUGCAUUGUCCUCUCUUGGUUCUUUUCUGUAACGUAUAGUUUUUCUAUUUUUUACACUGGGGCCAAUGAAGAAGGCAUUGAGGAAUUAGUAGUUGCUCUCACCUGUGUAGGAGGCUGUCAGGCUCCAUUGAAUCAAAAUUGGGUUCUGCUCUGUUUCCUUCUAUUCUUUGUCCCCACUGUUGCCAUGGUGUUUAUAUAUAGUAAAAUAUUUUUGGUGGCAAAACAUCAGGCUAGGAAAAUAGAAAGUACAGCCAGCGAAGGUCAGUCCUCCUCAGAGAGUUACAAAGAAAGGGUAGCAAAAAGAGAAAGGAAGGCUGCUAAAACAUUGGGAAUUGCUAUGGCCGCGUUUCUUGUCUCUUGGCUACCAUACAUUACCGAUGCAAUGAUUGACGCUCACAUGAAUUUCAUAACUCCUCCUUAUGUUUAUGAGAUUUUAGUGUGGUGUGUUUACUAUAACUCAGCUAUGAAUCCCUUGAUCUAUGCUUUCUUUUACCCAUGGUUUCGGAAAGCAAUUAAACUUAUCCUAAGUGGCAAAGUGUUAAGGAGUGACUCAUCAACAAUUAAUUUGUUUACCGAAGAAGCAGAUAUAGAUUGA